AGUCGACUCGUCAUCACAGCGCGGUCUCCUCAAUAUUAAACCCCCCUCCUCGCCAAGUAUCGCACUUGUUACCCAUGUCGCUCUAGGGCGCAACUCCCAACCUUCAGUUGAAUCCACAGUCCAGCAUCUUCAUAAUGGCCGAAGGCGAAUCACAGCACCACAUGAAGGAGGAGGCCAAGUGGAAACCAUGGUGGUUCUUCAGAAGAGCACGACGCGAUCCUUCAGCACCGCUCUCUUACCUGCCUAAUCCGCAGGCCUCGUAUGGUCAAAUAAGCCACCAUCCGCCAGGCUUUUCCCAGCGAGAUCCUUCUUCUUGGGUGGAGCCGCCUCUGGUCUCUGCGUUCGAAUUCACCGGAUCGCCGUUCCCAGUGAGCGGUCAGUAUAAUGGCAAUGAUGAUCCUACAUACAAUCAACAUCCUGCCCAAUCACAAUUGGGUCCCCCGCCAAUACGCAAUCCUGUCGAGCUUGGUUCACUGCCACUCGAGGACAUACCCGAGAUACAAAAGGUCAGCACACAAGGGACAUCCUCCAAAGCAGCAAGUACUGCCCCAUCGCGUCGAAAUAAGCCGUCCGCUUCAGUCCCCAAAUCAGGCUCCUCAAACUUCUCCACGGUUGGCUCAUCCACUGGCGCGACUAUCGUGCCUGUUCAAACUCCGAAGCAGGCGACCGAAUCAACUGACAAGAAGAAAAUUACACCUACCAUUUCCAAGGGAGAGCCAUCACCCAGACUUGCCUUGGACCCUGCCAUAUUCGAACGAAUAGAGCAGAUUACCCCGACCACGAAGCCAGGAACAAACGAGAGUUCCAAUCAUAGUACUGGGGCGCUUCCGUCCGGAAACUCCGGGAGCCUAGUGCCUCCAGUGUCAAACAUCCCUAUGAACUCGCCUAACGCGUUAAAGUACCUGCAUGAUCAAUGGACCGAGCAUCCUAGAUUAGAGCCUAAGGACGACUUGGAAGGUGACGAAUCCCCAUCUAUUACUGCCAAUGACGCCGGCUUCUACGACAUAAGCAAGCCGACCUGCUCGUUGAACCUCGUAUGCUACAGAUCUGGGGCAAACGGUUGCGACUUGCAGCAGGUUCAGUGUAUUCUGCGGUCAAAGUUUCCCAGCGAUGACGAGUUCCAGAGCGCGAUAGCGGCCAAUCCACACCUGAUCCAUACCGAUGCUCAGUUCUUCGACGAGAUUCAGAGGCUCUUUGCAACGGAAAUGAGUGGCUUCUUUCGUAGCUACUUCUCGCUCAAGUCCUUGCAAGCGUUUCGCGUUCUUGCCUACACGCCCACGACGAGGCCCGUAGUGGUGCCACUUGAUGACUUUGUCCUCCAAGAGAUGAUGUACGCAUAUCGAAACCCGAGCAAGCUUAAAAGCAAAGAUGAGUGGGUGAAAUGGGUCUUUAGACUGCGCCGUAAGGACAAGCGGCACGCCAUCGAGUUUGUCGAAGGCUGGAAUACAACCCGAAUCGCCGUUGCGGGGACAGUUCCUUGGCUCAGCUCAUGUCUAGUCGGUGUCAUAUGGGCAGUCAUUGGAGGAGACAUCCAGACGGCGUUUACUGUUGCCAGUUUCAUUCUAACUUCUUCGUCCAUCAUCUUGGCGCUUUUGGCUAUUAUCAGUAGUAUUGAGUCGGCGGGGAGAACAGUCACGUAGGUUGUCAGAACCAUGAUGUACCUGCACAAAUUUAUACACAAAAAAAUAUUUUUUGACCUUUCGUAUGUCUAUGAGACCUACAACCUCCCAUAUUUAAGUAGGCCGCUAUAACAUGAAAUCCAG